ACCAAAAGUAGUUCAAAUCCAACGAACUCACUAGACUAGACUAGACCCCAUCUUGCUCUCUAAUUCAAUGGGAAACAUGACAACCUUUUUCAUUAUGUGCAUUCUGAUCUUAUUUAUCAUUUCUUUAACUUCUGUUGCUGCUGAUACUCAUGAUGAUGCUGAUCAUAAAAAAAAUGUUACAAGCAACCCAGCCGACGAGCUUGUAGCCAUUGUAAACAGUAAUCGAACAGCGCACAAGACAUCAUCACUAAGUAACAAUCCUGGCCUAGCCUGCAUAGCUCUGCAAUACAUCAAAGCCUACCAAGGCAAUUGUGAUGAAGUUGGUGGGUCCAAUGCAAAAAAGCCUGCUGACUCGGAAUUCAGCGACGCAUUUGCUCCCAACUGUGGAGUCGAGGUAGCCACCCUUGCUCCUAUCACUGGACGUGUACUCGGGUGUCAGUCCGAAUACAUCACUCCUGAUAAAGCAUUUACAGAAAUAUUAACUAUGAAGAACCGAAGCUUGAACAUAUUUUACAAUUCUACCUACACCGAGGUUGGGGCAGCUGUGAGUGGUUCAGAUGGUGGAGGCCCGUAUUUCUGGUGUUUACUUUUCAGUAACGGGAGACCAAAUAGUACUUUUAUUUUGGAAAAUGGGGUUGCUAAAAUAACCAGACCAGGAUGCUUUAGCGGUGCCAAUGAUGAUUGUAGUGGUGCUGAUGGCUGGUCACAACAUCUAAGCAUGUUGAUGACAUUUGCUGGAGUUUUUACAACGAUUAUUUAUAUCACUGGGUUAUGAAUAUGAUCAGAUUACACUAUACUUGCAAAAUGAGCGGUUUCUUUUAAUUUUUUAUUUUAUUAUAUUUUUUUUCCCAAAUUGUGAGAUUUGAGCGAAUUUUUCCUUCGAUGUAAUUUGAAUAUUUGAUUGAUUCAAUAGAUGAAUUUGCAUUCCACA